AUGGAUCCCUCAACACCGGCACAUGUCCCCCCGGACGUGUCUGUCACGGAAGACGAUGCCGAGGCUGUAGCCUCCAAAUACAUGGACGAGCUUGCUGCGAGGCUCUUGGCGCCCACCGAGCCCACGCGCUCGGAAGCUUCCCCACCCAUGCCCGAGCCUGAUUUGGACUCGACGACCGCGGCCAGCUUGGAAAAGUUCAUGGCCAACCUAAAAGAGCAUUUGCAGCUGGAUCCAGAGGACUGGUCUGCAACAACAGGGAUGGCCCCUGCGUCGUCCAGCGCGUCGACAGGUGCCAUGCCGAGCACCUCAACCUCGGCCUCAGCGUCCCCCAUUCCUACCUCGACCACCGUUCUACAACACACACCUCGUGAACGCGCUCAUACACGCACACCCGCGGAGCAUGAACGCCGGAUCGCGCACGUCGUGCGUGAAUACAUGCGGCAAGAAGCGCAUGGUGUCCCGCCAGGCGUGUCGCCUAUGAUGACCAAGAUCAAGUGUCUUCAUGCCAGUGUCGCACAGAAAUCCUACGGCUCAGAGAAACGGUUUUUAUGCCCACCACCUGUCGUACAUAUCACGGGCUCGUUGCGGUACACGCCCAACGCGCCGCUUCUUCUCAUGCAGGUGCAAGGCGAAGAUAGCGAUAGCUUCUCGGGCGAGCAGGUGUCGCCGUUGGACGACACACAGCAUGCGCGCUUUACGGAGCUCCAUGUCACAGGGACAGGCAAGGCCAAGAGUUUCCGGCUGCAAUUGCAUUUACUCGCACCGCACGACGGCCCGGAGCCUACGAAGCGUAUGCGACUGGGCCACGGUGAAACCGCGGCGGUGCGCAGUACCAGCUGGGCCAGCUUUGACUCGGCGCCCAUUGGCAUCAUCUCCAAACCGUCCAAACGCAUCGCCAAGGCCCGCAAUGUGUCUGCACAUAUUACCAAGGACACGUCUGUGUCGCUAUUCAACCGAAUCAAUUCCCAGACCUACCGAACCAAAUACCUCUGUGCGCAAGACGGGCGUCUUUCAGCGCAAAGUCGUACAUGGACGGCCUUCCGGCUGGUACUCCUCUCACGUCGGGAGGCCGCUGCGCCACGUGAUACGGCCGAUGAAAGUGUGCUGACCUACGGCUCGGUGAUUGUGCUGAUCGACCCUGCGUCUGGGGCUGCGACCGAUCCCCUCAUUGUAUGCAAGGUCGAUCGUGGGCGUAUUUUGCCGCCGAUCGAUGGCGGUGGAGACGAAGGGCAGGAAGACGAUGAGCUGAGUGCGUGGGGGGCUGUGACCCAAAUGCAAAAGGUAGCCUUGCUGCGCUACAUGCCCUCGGAUCGCGGUGCGUGGAUCUUGGAUGCGCAUAUGCCCCGCACCUAUCUGUGCGCAGGCACGCCGACACACGACACAACAGUGCGAGUAGGGGAGACGACCGAUGAUGCGCAUUCCCUGCCUCUGACAUUUGCAUCCACCCAGGCCACGUCGUUGCCCUCGGGAGCGCCUGUGGACGAGGCUGAAGAUGCGUUUUGUUGGACCCUGGUCGGCAUUUCCCACUUUGAAUACGCGUAUAUUGACGUGGACAUGCUCGAUAUGCCGACUUCGUCCCCGAGUGUUGGACUUUCCCUUACCCCCUUCCCCCUUGUGACGACUAUGCCCUACUAUGAUGCACCGACCCACAAACUCGCGAUGACUGUGCAGAACUUUUUCUAUGUCCGCGACUCGGCGGCCUUGCAAACGCCGCGUGAGGCGUAUGCAGCCGCGCGGGCCCCCGGCGCGGCCCUGGCCCCGCUGGAGGUGUGGCUCGGUCCGCUGGGCCCUCUGAUCCUUGCCUUUGCUCCGCUGCCGGACAGCGACGAAGCCGAAGUGGCUGUGCAGUUGCCCAGCCUGAAAUCCAUCAUUGAGGCACGCGUGGAUCAGGAUAGCGAUGCUCCGCCAUCGCAAUGUACAUUGCCACUGCUUUUCGUGCGUGGCUAUGAUAGCACGAUAUACCAUUCUGGCCGCCAUGUGCUGUGCCAGGACCUUGUCGCGGUAGUUCGUGCGGCUGGCGAUAUUGGCGCCGCCAACGCACUACAAAAACUCAACGUCGGCUUGGGCGAGCAGGCAGGCGCUCAUGAAUUGCCUGCAGGGAGUGUAUGGACGCUCCGUGUGAUAUAA